AGGUAAGCUAACUGCGAGGGAAGGAAAAGGAAAGCUCAUUACCGGUGGAUGCGAGGCACACGCAAGGCAGCCACAAACACACACACACACACACACCCACUCAAAGUGAAUUUCGCCCACCUGUUACUCUUUCGAGAAGAGGAAACACAUCAGAGAGAAACAAGGACUAACAACUUGAAAAACGGGAAGUGAAUAAGCAGAUGGAAAUCAGGAAGCACAGCGACUUAGACUCAAAGUUUGGGAGCUGCUGAGCAGUCCGUUUCAAGAGGCUUAGAAUCAACAAAAAGGAGGCAGGAAAAUGACCUAAUUAGCAACGAGCAUGACGGACAACUUGGCGCAAAUGUGUUGGUGGUAAUUUCCCCAGUUUCACCCACAAGGAAGACACAUGCAUCAGUGCGCAUACACGUACGACACAUUCACAAACCCUGCCCUUCCCUUCCUGCCAUCCGCCCCAGUCCUCCAUGGAUUCCUACAACUUCCACUUUGAGAGAAUGAGCAACGUGGAUCUGCAUCCUCUGAGCCAGCCUGUCAGCCGGCUCUCCCCUGCCAAGUCCAACAGCAGCAUCGCUGACCAACUUGCCCAUCACCAACACGGGAAAGGAGACUCUGCGUACAGCUCCUUCUCUGGUGGGUCCACUGCCCCAGACUACUCCUCUACCUUUCUCACAGACGACCUACAGUCCAACUCCUUCAGCCACUAUGCUGAUCUUAAGUAUGUAAAGUCCAUUUACCAUCCGACCAAGGAUCUGCAGUCUGACUCGAAGAACAUGGACCAGCUCUAUCGCUCUGUGGAAGCUAUCUCACAGCAGUAUCGCAAUAAUACCAGCACCAGUCUAAACUACCACAAUGGCAGUGGCAGUUUCCACACCAAUAACAACAAAGCACACUCUAAAAAAGAGAUGCAAGGUGCUUGCCCUCUUGUCUGUCCUCCUCCAGUCCCAGCACGCCUGGAUAGUUUCAUAGCCACAAAAAAUUUGGAGAACAGCAGGGUCCACCACCAAGGUACUGAGUUUCAACCCCAGCAGCCACAGCCUCAGCAACAGCCCAGAUCCCACAAUCGGUUGCAUCCACAGCCCCAUGGUCCAAAUACCCCAAGAACUGAGACGGCUAACCCAGAUACAGGCAACCCAAGCUUCAAUUCUGACCCAGUGUACUCAGUGUGGAGAGGCUCUCAACAGCCACAGGCCCAGAAGCCACCAGCCUACCGCCUCCACUUCCAGCCUCAUGAUCAGACCAGAAGCUUGAACCCAGAAUACCUGUUCAUCACGGAUAACAAAUCAGCCUCUGAGCAGCAGAAGUCAACAAACAUCUUAAGCCGAUCACCUCCCCGAGGCACAAACCAGCCUGAGCACCUGAAACCCACACAGCCCUCAAGCAGUGGUGCAUGUAAUGGAGACUAUCAAAACAAGACCGGUGAGCGCAAAAGGGAGGACUCAGCUCAUGAUUGGCAUGGUUCAGAGGCAACUCGACCUGCCAGUCCUUGGAAUGCUAGUCAGAGUUUUAUAAACAGCAGCAUCCAGCAUAAGGGUCAAUUCUACUUUGUCACUGGAGUGUGUAAGCUGUCUGAAUCUGGUAAAAGGACACACUCUGCUGUGUGUGGGUCUGAGGCUGGGAGUGAGAGCUCCACUUGGAGCAAUGAGACACACCGGCUAACAGAAAAAGAAAGAUCCCACAGCACAAUGGAUAAUUUGUUUAGACCUCACCAAGAGAGCUCUUGCACUUCCAGCGGUAUGAUUCCAGAUGAGAGAGAGGCUUUCACUCCUGUGUCUCAGGGCAAGGACCUGUCCCCUAGGAGCCAGGAGAAUCACAGACCUUCCCUCAUCUUGACACAGUCCUCUCAAAGCUGUGACGCCUCAGAAGAAAUCAACAUGAUGCAGAGUCGAGAGAUUGGUCGACAUACUGCCGACAACCCAAUAUUCUACUGUGGACCUGACAGAAACUGCCCACCACAUUCAACCACACAAACAAAGGAGGUCGAUUCACUGUUAAGCAAUGAACAGCCCAACCACCCCAACAGAGAGGAGAAAGUAAGGAGAGGGAAACAGCAACCAUUGGAGGAUGUAGACAGCAAGAGGAUAAACAAAGAAACAACCCCGCUUCUGUACCACCUCACUGAAGUCCUGUUACGGAAUAAAAGAGAUACUAAUGUCAACAUAAAAGACAAGGACGCAAUUCUAAACAAAACAGCUCAUGGAGAUGUGGCUGUUGACAAUAAUGAGAGAUCUCCACAAGAUGACACCAGCAAGAACGAUAGAGGGGAAGUUGGCUCCAUUGCCUGUAACACCCUGGAUGACUCAUUUACAAAGUACUAUAAAGAGAAGCUAAAGGAUGCCCAGUCUAAAGUCCUAAGGGAGACGUCAUUUAAAAGGAGGGACCUGCAGCUGUCAUGGCUAUACCGUAUCAGGCAAAAGUCUGAACAGAGGCUUCAGGUGAGUCAUACUGUCUCCUUAUCACAGGACUCUGAGACUUCCACAGACACACUCACUCCCUCUGUGACCUCUGAGGAGACAGAGAGGGGGAGCAAUAAAGAAGAAGUCAGGGAGAAUCAGAAGGAGAUGCACAAAGAGACUGAAAAGGAAAACGGUAGGCCAGCAAAUGUGGCCCAGCCCCAGACAGCCCGCAUCAGAGGCAGGAAGCGAUUGACUCCAGAGCAGAAGAAGAUGUGCUACUCUGAACCAGAGAAACUCAACCAGCUUGGUGUUGUCCCCAUCCACUCUGCUUGCCGCUCAUUUGGCAACGAAAGUGACGACGUGUUUGAAUGUGAAGGAGAGGAACGUGUUCAGCGAGGAGAGCUGGGACUGGUUGCAACACGGAGGAAGAUGUUUGAGACAAGAAGUCGAACGCUUUCAACUCCUAGCACUUUAAAGACAAACUUAAAACAUCUGCAACACAAGGCCCUGGUGGAGUACAUGGAGCGUAAGACGGGCCAUAAAGUGGCUGAGCCACAACAACCAGCACCUCUGUUACCACGUCCAUCCAGACAGAGGCAUUCUCUGGGAGAGAAACCGUUUGACUGGGGUCCCAGGCCUCUAUCAGGAAAUCAUGAAAGCAAAAACACUAAGAGGAAACCCCACAGACCCCACUCUGCAGGUCGCAUUCUGGAUUCCUCCAGCAGCUCCAUCAGGUAUGCCCAGUUCUUCUCAGAUCAGUCUUGUUCAGGCCAAUAUGCUGGCCAGUCGAAUCAGCCAAGAUGGAGGGUGAGCCACGGUCCAUCUCAGGGGAUGUCUGCCUCAGUGGAGAGUCUAUUGGAGCAGCCAGAAGCACCCAGUUUCUUCAGGAACAGAUCCACGUCCAUACCACAUGUAUUUGAGGCACAUAAUUUUAAGAAGCAUCCAUCACCAGUUAAUACUAUGGAAACCCAGAGUCCCCAGAAGGAUGCCACUGAGGACUCCUCAGUAAAGCCAGCCCCACAGGGUCAGGAGUGUGUCCGUGUGGUUGCACAGAGGGGGAUGUCCAUGGAAGAGCUCGGGGAAUCAAAGUUAACAAGACCAUCAGUCCUGAGUAGAAGUUCUGAACAGCUGGAUCAACUGUGGAGGUAUUCGACUGGACCAGGAGGACCGGACAGAGACAAGAAGAGUGAUAAAUUCUUUUCUGUAGUCAGAGAAGCCCAGUGGCAGAACAGAGGGAGGAAGAAACAACAUGUAACAGAGCAAGCGGGACAAGAACCAGAGAUUGUUGGUCAGAAGAUCACUCAGGGACAAACCCAAAACCAAACCCAGAAAAGGUCUUUGUUGAAGAAGAUCUCUGAACCAGGAGAGGAUGCCACAGUAGGAACAAGGAACUCCAGUAGAUCCACCUCCCCAGCUUUCUGUUCCUCUUCCCGGGCCAGGGUUCCCUCUGAAUGUCAUAGCCCUGUCAGAGAUGAUGAUGAAUUCAGGUCCAGUAGACCGCCCAGUGAGACUUCAUCCAACCCACCGUCCCCCGGAGGUCUAGAGACCAGUAAGAGGGAGAUCAAAUCCACCGCAUCCACACCAACCCAGACUAAUCUUCCUUUUGAAAACAGGCCUAGCUCCAGUAGAUUCAGGACUUCUCCUUCUCUGACUGGAUCAGAGAAAGAGCGGUCGGUGGACGAACCAAGCAAUGACGCCCCGCCGCCUGAUUCAAUCCACGAAGUGUCUCUGAGCUGCGGCGUCACCACAGAUCUGUCGCUGUGGAUUAUCCCUCCAGAAGACGAGAUCAAAGAGGAAGUCCAGACUUCACCGCUGAAAGGCAACGAUUUUGACGACGAGUCCAGCAGCUCGGCCCAUCCAACACAGACAAGUGAAACCCCUGUGUCUACCCGCACCUCUGUCUCUGACACAGACACCAGUCAGCAGGUGGAAGAGGAGAAACCCCCAGAAAUGGCAGAAAACCAGGCGAUGGAGGAGAGGGGAACACCAGAGGGAGAGAACGAGAGCCUGGACAGGCCCGCAGAGAGACCUCAGUGGGAGGAGCUUGUCGAAGCAGUGGUCAAGGCUGACCAAUCACUGGCCAGAGUGCUCUACCCAUUGGCCAAUCGUAAGACCGCUCUGAUGCUGAUGGAGCAGCUGCUGUCAGAGGACACACUGCUGAUGGAGGAGCACUAUAAGAAGAAACAGGAGCAGAAAGAAGCUGCAGAAAGUGCUGAAACGGUCGAAGGUUCAGACGGCCUUAAACCUCCAAGCGCAGACCUGCAGAGCAAAACUGACAUCACUGAGAAGAAGCGUCUGUUAGUGUCCUAUAUUGAGGCGCGUCUGCGUUUGCUGGAAGAGACGCGUGGUGCCCUCCAGACAGAGAUUGAGGAGAACGUGGCCCACGGGGAGGCCCUGAAGGUACUGGUCUGUGAGCGCUGUCUUCCCGUGGAGCUGGAGAGGUACAACCUGUUCAUAGGAGACCUGGAGAGAGUGGUCAACCUGCUGCUGUGCCUCUCUGCUCGGCUGGCCAGGGUACAGAACGCACUGAGCACCGUGGACCAACACACAGAUGCUGAGGAGAAGCAAUCUUUGGACAGUCGCCACCGUCUGCUGUGCAAACAGAGGGAGGAUGCCAAAGACCUGAAGGAUAACCUGGACAGGAGAGAGAACCUUGUCUCGACCUUCUUGUCGCGUCAGCUGUCCGCCGAACAGCUGCAGGACUACCAGCGCUUUGUCCAGACCAAGGCCUCACUGCUUAUCCGGCAGAAGGACCUGGAGGAGAAGCAGAGGCUGGGAGAGGAGCAGCUGGAGGCCCUUUCCAACAGCCUGAAUCUUUGAAGGGAGGAGCAGCGGAAGCACAGACUUCUCCUUUCUCUCUUGACUUGCCUUAAAGGAGGGAUGGCUUGUUCAAAAAAAGACAUGUAGAGAAUUUGGCUGUACUUUUUCUGGCUCAGUUUGCCACAUAGACACACAGUGCCACACAAGUGGUCCAGCUUGUAUCUCUAACCCUUUGCGCCCUGUCAUGGUUUUCUUUUGUCCUUUUUAAAAGAGUUUGGCAGGGCUACUAAGGGAGAACCCAUGCCAUCUGCUCUCCUCUCAUAACUAUAGGCCGUACAUGAGAUGAGCAAUAAAGACUGUUGAGACUGAAGCUCCUUGGCUCAUCCACCGAGUGAGUCCGCUCACCCAGUCUCCACCCAUUGUCGUUCUCAGUCUGCACAAUCUGCGAUGUGCCACUGAAAAGUUUUCCCAAUAUGCUGUAAUGUGUCCGUUACUGUGUGCCUUGAUAUUGGUGUUACUGUGGAACAUUUUCCAUUAGAGCUGCUGGGUGGAAACUUUGUGUCCCCUGUGAGCAUUUCAGCAACUGUCAAUUUUUAUUAAGAUGGUAGUGCUACAGCCCCGUAUCUGCACCUGUGGAAACCUAUUAUAAGCUUUAAGAUUGUAUUUUCACCAGUGAACGAGAGUAGCCUGGGUGGAGGGGGGGGGGUACUCUAUCAUUUCGGUAAAAUGUACAAUAGAUGUAGUAAAUUUAAUUUUUUUUGGUAAUGUUUUUAAAUGUGUUUCAAAUUAAGGCACUAAAAACCAAAAAGGGUGAAUGGAAAAAAAAAGCACUUUGUAAUGAAACAUAAAUGCAUGUUUCUUAAAAUCAGAUUUCGUUUUCAACGUACGUUCAAGUGAAAGCCUUACUCCAUCCAUUUAAAAACAAUAUUUCUAUUUUACUUUUUCUGAUUGUUUUGUCACAGAUUUUAAACAGGAAUGUUGAAAAAAUGUUUUUCUAAAGGUAGCUCAACCAGGAACAUUAAGGAUUGUGUAAAAAUUCUUUUCCAGCUAAUUUCAUACUUAAUGUUAUUAAGUCUUGAUGAUUUCGUGCUGGAUCAGUUCCUCAUACGGAGGUGCUAAACUUCUUUAAAGCAGAUUAUAAGUAAGCAACAAUUAUAUCACAGAGUAUUUUCUCCCUUUGUCGCAGAUGUGACAUGUGAUACUUGAAAACUUUUCUUUAAAGAGGAAAGUCCACAAUCCUCACUAAAACUAAUUUUCUAUUCUCUACCUCCAGUGUAGCCCCUUUUAGACACAUGUAGCCUUUAAGUUUAUUUAAACUUAUUUAGUUUUGUUUAGUUUUUAAAAAGCUCUUCUUGAUAGCCCUGUAUUAAAACACACUCUUGACUCAAAUGCCUUUCCCCCUAAUAAUCUCACGUUUUAAAAAACGCAUCUGUGUUUUCUACAUUAUUUGUCAUUCGUUUUUAUAGUUGUGUUAAUUUCUUUUUACUGAAACUUCAACCAGACACAUUGGAGCUGUUGCUGUACAUCAGAAUAUGUGCAGUGUGUGUGUGUGUGUGUGUGUGUGUGUGUGUGUGUGUGUGUGUGUGUGUGUGUUUGAAAUCAUGAAUGUCUUAAUUUUGUGUGUAGAGAUUAGUUGUUGAACAGAAAGACAGAACUCCUCUCGGUGUUUGCCGUGUACGUUUUCAACAAAACUCCUAUGAAGUCGUAAAGUGAUCAAAAUGUUAUCGUCCCUCAGGAAAUUAUACCUGUUGGCUGUUUUGAAAAAACCCUGAUCCAGUGUCUUGGUUGACUUUUGUGUAUAUGAUAUUUAUGUAAUAAUGACCACAAAGAGGCAGAGCAUCUUUAACAGCCUCUGCAAAAGAUGUAUUCACUAACUCAUAAUGUUGUGGACAGGUUAACCACUAAAAGCAGGUUUUUGCUGAAAGAUAUUUUCAUGUUUUUUUCUGCUAAAGCUUCACCACCCCUAAGGCAUUUCUCUGGAGAUUUACAACUGCCCGUUUCAGUUUUCUAAACAAAUGUAUGUUUGUUUUGGCCUUUGUGCUGACGCAGGGCUGAACGGUUAGAAAGAAUCUCAAGUUGUUCCCUGCAGCCUGCUGGAAUUCCUAAACUAAGCAAAAGAACAACAUUUAGGAGAAAGAAAGACUGAGGGGGGAGAGAGUGAGGAAAAUACUCCCACAAAGGUGCAGCACAUGGAUAAAUACUCAUUUCAGUUGUUGCUAUGUGUGCAUACUAACAAACGUUUGACAACUCCCCCGAGUCAUUCCUUGUUUCUGUCACUCAACAAAAGCAGUGUUUUGUUAAGGUCGCAGGAUGUAGGAUUAUUAUUUUAGUUGAUGAUUUAGUUUCUGGAGUUACAAUGGUACAAACAGGAUCUGUUUUAAAGCCAAGAAGGAAAGACACAUUUCAGUGAGUCCCACCUGGUGGUAUAACAGCGGAGCAUUUCUAAAUCCAUUUUUUCUGCCCUAUUUCCUAUCUGUUUUCUGUUGCGAGUUUGAGUUGUGUUUUGUGCCUGUUUGGAGUUGUAAAUUCCAUGAUGUUUGUAAUAUUGUGAAUAAAUUAAGCUCCCCUCUCCC